AUGUCAACAACUAUUACAUCUGCAUUACCUUCAAUUCAACUUAAGGUCAAUUAUACUGAUAUUAAAACAAUAGCAAAAACUUUCAUUACUGAAUUUAAAGAUAUUUCUGAAGAUAUUGAAAUUGAUAUAGAUGAACAAAUUCAUACCGGUAAAUAUAUGAAUAUCCUUCAAUCAAUUUCAAAUAGAGAAACUUUCCACAUAUUAAUUGAAUUAGAUGAUUUAGCUAACUUUAUACGUAAUUAUAAUCCACCAGAACAAAAUUUAUAUGAUGAGGCUAAACAUGUGGUAUCUAAUAUAACUAAAAAUACUAAACAUUAUAUUGAUAUUUUUGCUGAUGUGAUUGAUGAAAUUAUUCCACCUCCAUCAAAAGAAAUUAAAUCAAGAUCUGAUGUUUUAGAUGUUAUUUUACAACAACGUAAAUUGAAAAAUUUAAGAUUACAACAAGAAUCUAAUGAGCAAUACGAUCAAUUAAGAAAUGACAUGACUAAUACAGAAGAUAAUUCAAAUCCAAUUGAACCAAAUUUAUUUCCAAACAAACUUACAAGAAGAUAUGAUUUAUAUUUCAAACCUAUAUCGAAUGGUAAAAGUUUUUCAGUUAGAGAAGUUAAAGGUAAAUAUGUUGGUAGUUUAAUAACUGUAAAAGGUAUAGUUACAAGAUGUUCAGAUGUUAAACCUUCUGUUUUAGUUAUUGGAUAUACUUGUGAUGCUUGUGGGUUUGAAAUUUUUCAAGAAGUAAAUUCAAAAUUUUUCACACCUUUGACUGACUGUACUUCACCCCAAUGUUUAAACAAUCAAAAUAAAAAUAAAUUAUUCAUGUCAACUCGUGCUUCAAAAUUUUCAAGUUUUCAAGAAGUUAAAUUACAAGAAUUAUCAAAUCAAGUACCAAUUGGUCAUAUUCCAAGAAAUUUGACUAUUCAUGUAAAUGGUAAUCAUUUAGUUAGAUCAAUGAAUCCUGGAGAUUUAGUUGAUGUAAGUGGGAUUUUUAUGCCUUCUCCUUAUACUGGAUUUAAAGCUUUAAAAGCUGGGUUAUUAACUGAAAUAUAUUUAGAAGCACAAUAUGUAAAUCAAUGUAAAAAACAAUAUGAUUUAAUGAGAUUAAAUAAUGAAGCACAAGUUAAAAUUAAAGAAUUAGUUGAAUCUGGUGAUGUAUAUAAUAAAUUGGCAAAAUCAAUAGCUCCAGAAAUUUUUGGACAUUUAGAUAUUAAAAAAAUCCUUUUAUUAUUAUUAUGUGGUGGUGUUACUAAAGAAAUUGGAGAUGGUUUAAAAAUUAGAGGUGAUAUUAAUGUUUGUCUUAUGGGUGAUCCAGGGGUGGCUAAAUCUCAAUUAUUAAAAGCUAUAAAUAAGAUUGCACCAAGAUCUGUAUAUACUACUGGUAGAGGUUCUUCUGGAGUUGGUUUAACUGCUGCAGUUAUGAGAGAUCCAGUUACUGAUGAAAUGAUAUUAGAAGGUGGUGCUUUAGUAUUAGCUGAUAAUGGUAUUUGUUGUAUUGAUGAAUUUGAUAAAAUGGAAGAAGGUGAUAGAACUGCAAUUCAUGAAGUUAUGGAACAACAAACUAUUUCAAUUUCAAAAGCAGGUAUAACAACUACAUUAAAUGCUAGAACUUCAAUAUUAGCAGCUGCAAAUCCUUUAUAUGGAAGAUAUAAUCCAAAAUUAUCACCACAUGAAAAUAUUAAUUUACCAGCAGCAUUACUUUCAAGAUUUGAUAUUAUGUUUUUAAUUUUAGAUACUCCAAAUAGAGAAAUUGAUGAAAAAUUAGCAAGUCAUGUUGCUUAUGUUCAUAUGAAUAAUGCUCAACCAGAAAUGGAUUUUGAAGCAAUUGGUUCCAAUACAAUUAGAGAAUAUAUUUCAAAAGCAAGAGAAUACAGACCAAUUGUACCCAAAGAAAUUGGUGAUUAUGUUGUAUCAUCAUAUAUUAAUAUGAGAAAAGAAUCAGCUAGAAAUGAAGGAAGUAUCAAGAAAUUUUCACAUAUAACCCCAAGAACAUUAUUAUCAAUAUUACGUUUAUCUCAAGCAAUGGCAAGAUUAAGGUUUGAUCAAGUUGUUAGAUUUGAAGAUGUGGAUGAAGCUUUAAGAUUGAUUAAUGUUUCUAAAAAUAGUCUUUAUUUUGAUCAAGAUAAACAAAUAGAAGAUGAUUCAGCAACUACACAAAUUUAUCAUAUUAUUAGAGGUAUUGCAAGAGGUGAUGGUAAUUCAACAAAUUUCAUCCCAAAUUUAAAUUUAGAUAUGUUGAAAGAAAGAGUUUUAUCAAAAGGUUUUACAUUACAACAAUUUGAUGAUUGUAUAAUGGAAUAUGAUCAUAUUGGAAUCUGGCAAAAGAUAGAUAAUGGAGAAACUUUAAUGUUUACAAAUAAUGAAGAUGAUGAUAUAGAUAUGUAG